UACUGUGCUAGUUCUUCCCUUGAUCAAGUAGAAAGUAUAUAUAUAUUUCCUAGCAGCUCGUCUGUCUUUAUUCAAAUUGGCUUUAGAAUUUGCAUAGUUUACUCCUCCUAUGGCACGCAUAGGACGCAUAUAGAAGAAUGAUAUCAAAGGUUGACUGCUCUAUUGAAUUUAUCUCUUAAGUGAUUUAAUAAUGUUUGCGACAAAAACUGGCUUGGUAUAAAAUAUAGCUGAGCUCCAAUACAAAUUGCUUUCCUUGUCUUUCUGAGCGGCGCAGCAUAUUUGAACCAAGCGAUCGAGCGAAAAGAAAUAGUCGAGCAUUGGAUACGAGAAUGCGCAGUAAGAUAAUGGCUGGCGGCUUCGACUUCAACAAACUAUGUAAGACUUUUAGCGAGAUUUGUUCCGACUUCAAUCAGUCGGAUCAAGCGGCCACAUCGCAGAGCUUGGACUUUGCCAACAAAGUACUCUUCGAGCUUGGGCCCAAAAUGCGGCACAUCAAGCAGAGCGGCACGGCGCAGAUGUGGCGUCUCAUCUUCAGCGGGAACACAAGCGUCUUCAUAUACACCUACACCUUUAAGAGCCCGAUCAACGUUAAUCCGCAUCUGCAGGACAAGAAGCUUUACCUAACUCUGAAGCAGGCUGGCCUGUUGGCCGCCAGCAAAUUGUGCUCCCAGCUGGCCAAUUUUUAUGAUCCACGUGACAAGAUACUGCUGACACCUUUGGCGCGCGCCGUGUUUCUGCCCCAAAACAUUCCCAAAAUUGCCGCCGAUCUGAGUGCGGUACUCGGAUGCAGAGUGGACAGCAAUGAGGUGGUCAAGGCAAUCAUCUGUAGCUGCCAGACGGACGGCUUCCACCUGCAGCACAGUCAGUGUCACAUUGCCCUUGUGGCCAUUGAGGUAACCGUGUCUGCACUCGCCCAACGCCAGAAAUUGCGUGAGAAAACAAUCCGACUCUACGCUAAGCACGGCAAAUCUUACAAUGUGGACCCUUACAAAAUAUACGCGCAGCACUCUAAACUGAGCAGUAGACCACCAGAAACUCAGCUGCCCGAGCCCAGCAUAUCCGAGAAGGAAAACAAAGGUCAGUCCAAGAUUAAGAGCAUAGAUACCGUACUGCGAAGUAUUUUUAAAACUGUCGAUGAUCCUCUAAGCGGUGGCACCCUGGACAUGAAGUUUGUCUCACCUCCAGUCUCCUUUAGCGAAAUCGAGCGGAGUCUACCGACGCCCACCGACAUUCGCGUCGAGGCUACUAAUUUGGAGGGCAUCAGACACAAACAAACUACCACCAACCAGUGAGGACUUCAUUGAAAGUGAAUUAAAUUAUCUUAUAUAUAACAGAAUAUAUUCAAGUUUGUUAAAGAUAUUGUGCUCAGCAAUAAAUAACGUAAAUAUUUAUCAAAUUCUCAAA